ACAGAUAAUGAAGACCUUGAAGUACAAAAUUUUAUAGAAACUCUCGACAGAUCAUUAGUACAUGUAAAAAAUACUGAGAGAUUAAAUAAGCUUUUUGGUUUUAGAGAUGAUAAUCUUUUAAAACAACAUAUAUCGGAUGCAGUUGGCUACAUUUGCUCUUCAUUAGAAUUGGAUAUUUUG